AGAGAGGCCGGGUGCGUGCGGCUGCCUCCCCGCAGGCUGCGGGAGGUGCAUGAGGAGCUCAGCUGGGGGCCGCCGCCAUGGAGCACAUCCGGAUGCCCAAGGUGGAAAAUGUUCGGUUACUUGAUCGUUUAUCUUCAAGAAAAGCUGCCCUGGGAACGUUGUAUUUAACAGCUACUCAUGUUAUAUUUGUGGAGAAUGGUUCUGAAGCUCGGAAAGAAACCUGGGUUCUUCACAGUCAAAUUUCCUCUAUUGAGAAGCAGGCCACUACUGCUACUGGUUGCCCAUUGCUGAUCCGCUGCAAGAACUUCCAGGUCAUCCAGCUGGUCAUCCCUCAGGAACGAGACUGCCAUGAUGUUUACAUAUCUCUGAUACGUCUGACACGACCAGUGAAAUACGAAGAGCUGUAUUGUUUCUCAUUCAAUCCAAAAUUAGAUAAAGAAGAACGAGAACAAGGCUGGAAGCUUGUGGACCUCAAUGAAGAAUAUAAUCGGAUGGGUAUUCCAAACAACUAUUGGCAGAUUAGCGAUGUAAACAGAGACUAUGGAGUCUGUGAUUCCUAUCCUACAGAAGUGUAUGUACCAAAGUCUGCAACUGCACACAUCAUAGUGGGGAGCUCUAAAUUUCGGAGCCGAAGGCGCUUCCCAGCUCUUUCUUACUACUGCAAGGAUAACAAUGCUUCCAUAUGCAGAAGCAGCCAACCUUUAUCUGGCUUUAGUGCUCGAUGCCUGGAGGAUGAACAGAUGCUCCAGGCCAUUAGAAAAGCAAAUCCAGGAAGUGAUUUCAUAUAUGUUGUUGACACACGGCCCAAACUCAACGCAAUGGCAAACAGAGCAGCAGGGAAGGGAUACGAAAAUGAGGACAACUACUCCAACAUCAAGUUUCAAUUCAUAGGCAUUGAAAACAUCCAUGUAAUGAGAAAUAGUCUGCAGAAAAUGCUUGAAGUUUGUGAGCUGAAAUCACCUUCAAUGAGUGACUUUCUGUGGGGCCUAGAAAAUUCUGGCUGGCUGAAGCAUAUCAAAGCCAUUAUGGAUGCUGGCAUUUUCAUUGCUAAGGCUGUGGCUGAGGAAGGUGUGAGUGUGCUUGUUCACUGCUCUGAUGGCUGGGAUAGGACAGCCCAGGUUUGCUCCGUAGCAAGCCUUCUAUUGGAUCCGUAUUACAGAACUAUGAAGGGAUUCAUGGUGUUAAUUGAAAAAGACUGGGUUUCCUUUGGUCACAAAUUCAACCACAGGUAUGGCAACUUAGAUGGAGAUCCAAAGGAGAUAUCCCCUGUUAUUGACCAAUUCCUUGAGUGUGUUUGGCAGUUAAUGGAACAGUUUCCUUGUGCCUUUGAAUUCAAUGAGAGAUUCCUCAUCCACAUACAGCAUCAUAUCUACUCUUGCCAGUUUGGGAAUUUCCUGUGUAACAGCCAGAAGGAGAGACGAGAGCUGAAAAUCCAAGAACGAACAUAUUCACUGUGGGCUCACUUGUGGAAAAAUCGUGCAUAUUACCUGAAUCCUUUGUAUAGACCUGACUACAGUAAAACCCAAGGGACCAUGUGCCCUCAGAUGGCUCCAUGCAACUUCUUGUACAAGUUCUGGAGUGGUAUGUACAACCGCUUUGAAAAGGGGCUGCAUCCUCGGCAGUCAGUUACUGAUUAUCUGAUGGCAGUGAAGGAGGAAACUGAGCAGCUGGAAGAAGAGCUGGAGGUCUUAGGAGAGAGAUUGGCGAACCUUCAGAAAUCACAAUUAAAUGAUAAUAACGUCAAGAGUAAGCAACAAGACCAAAGCAAACAUUUAGGGCUUUCUACUUCCAGCAACAGCUUAGCUAACACUCCCCAGGAGUACAGCAAUGAUCUGAAAUCAUUCCCAUCCCGGAGCCCUUCACAAGGGGAUGAAGAAGAUUCAGCCCUGAUUUUGACACAGGACAACCUGAAAAGCUCUGAUCCCGACCUCUCAGCUAACAGCGAUCAGGAGUCUGGUGUGGAGGACUUAAGCUGUAGGUCUCCAAGUGGGGGUGGCUGCUUGCCUAGUGAAGACAGUGGCAAGGAUUCAGAUGAGGCUGUGUUUCUGGCGGUCUGAAAUACCUUCACAACAGUGAGGACCCAAAUAAAGUCAAGCCCCUCGCAGCCUGGAAUGAGAUCUUUUCAACAGAUGAAGAAUGUGAGUAGUGUGUGGCCUAAAGAAAUAAUCCAAAGAAAGGGAACUGUGCAAUUGUGUAAGUAAAGAUCAAAGCAGAACAAACCAUUAUUAAAGACAUAAUGCUAAAGAGAGGUAGUAUUUGCUGUUAUAUUUAGUUAAGUCAAUGUGGUAUUUAACCUUACCAAUCCUGUAUGUAAUUAUUCCUUACUUUGUACAUUUCCAUAAUUAUUUGUUGUACAAAAUAUUAGUUCUUCUCCAAAGAAGUGAAAUUCCAAACUAUUAUCUUACACAUAGGAACAAGGUUGAAGAUUUCUUAGUGUUAGGUUUACUGGUGAAUCAGUCAAAAAUUUUUGUAGAGCUUUUUUGCCUUCAGACAGUGUCUAUGUCUAUAUUCUUCACUUUUCUUCAUGGGAGGUGUUAAAUUUUGAAUUGCAACAAAUACUUUGCAUAUUCUCCUAUUAGAAUCCUUUGCAGCAAAGUAAAACUUAACAAACGGAUGUGCUUGCUUAGGGGAUAAAUGAAGUUCUGAUCCUGCAAAGAAGUCCUUUGGUAAGCAGCAGCUGCUGCUGCACAUGAACGCACCCCAUUUGUAAUUAUACAAUAUUUACAAAGCUUUUCUGGAGAAGCAUCCCUUUAUGAUAUUCCUUUAUAAUGCUUAAGUACAUUAGACAGUAUGCCCUAGCAUCUUUAUAUUUUAUUAUCAAGUUACAUUCUUUAUAUUUUGCCCUUGCUUCAAAUCAAGGUAAGAUAUAAAGGUAAAAUUUUAAAGGUAAUAAAGCCCCAAAUGCCUCCAGCCUAUUUUAAUUCCUACUUGAAAAUGUUUUAUAUGGUGUGAGUGAAGUAUAUAUACAGCAGAAAGAACAGGGAAUCCUGACAAAUACCACUUAUGGAAGCAUCUCUGAAUUCAGAACUAAAGAAAGGUUAUGCCCAUAACAGAACUGUUAUAAAGAAUAUUUCUUCCAAUUUUUAUUGUUCAAGAUAAGCCAACCACAACUAACACUGGGGUUUUUUUAUCCUCACACAAAAUUUCCCUUUUAGUAUUUGUGCACCUGAACUGAGCACACAAUGCCAGUGUAAGACUGAUUCACCAUGACACAAAGUUUAACCUCAUUGGAAGAUUUUUCAUAUUUUUUAAGAGUAGGAGUAAUAGCUUUCAUAAUCAUAGGUACAGGAGAAACCACUGAAAAAACUGAGGACUCUUUAUCAGGGACAGUCGCAGGACAUGGGGGAAUGGGUUCAAAAUUAAACAGGGGAAGAUCAGGUUAGAUACAAGGAAGUUCUUUACUGCUAGGGUAGUGAGGCACUGGAACAAGCUGUCCAAGGAAGCUGUGAAUGCUCCAUCCCUGGCAGUGUUCAAGG